AUGCCGCGAGCACGCGUUGACCCAACGCCGCAAGCACACGCCGAGCCAGACCCGCAACAUCGCAAGACCGUUGCCAUCAUCGGCGGUGGCUUGUCCGGUAUUGCGGCUGCGAAGGCCGCCGUCCAAGCCGGCCUGUUCCCCACAAUCUUUGACCGGCGCCCCGCCUUAGGCGGCAUGUGGACCGACGGCGCCGCCACCUACGACUCCCUCCACACCAACGUAUCUCACUUCACCUGCAGCUUUUCCGACUUUCCGUGGCCCUCCUCCUCGCCCGAUUUCCCCUCUGCCCGGGAGAUGGGCCAGUACCUCACCGCCUACCAGCACGCCUUCCUCACACAAGACAAUUGCCUCCUGCAGCUGGGCUGUGAGGUCCUGCGCGUGGAGCCCAACGCGCCGCUGCUGAAAUGUCUUGGCAGCGGCGGUGACGGCGCCGGCCAGGCGGGGCCCUCCUGGAGCGUCCAUUGGCGCCAUGUCGCGCACCCGUCCGGCCCGAGGGAAGCUUCCGACGCUGCCGCUGCUGCUACAGUCGCCGCUGCUGUUGCACGUGAUGUGAGGCUCCGACAGCCGCCGCCACCCACGACACGUCUAGAUAGCGUCGAAGCAGCCUGCAGCGGAGGAGCAGGCAGGGUGAAGGGGGGAGGAGGGGCAGGAGAAGAAGAAGAAGAAGGGCGAGGUGAAGGGGAAGGAGGGGAGGCAGUCAGUCGUCCUGAGGCGGCCGUCAGUCCGUCCCUCGGAGCUGUCGCGACACGCCGCUUUGACUUUGUGGUGGUCGCCACGGGCUUCUGUGCUGUGCCGUACGUGCCUGACAUCCCCGGCUUGGCGACUUUCCCUGGACUUGUACUGCACAGCGCCGACUACACGGGGCCGAGCUGCCUGCCGGGCAGCUGCCGCCGAGUGGCAGUGAUUGGCAGCGGCCACAGCGCCGCCGACAUCGCCGCCGACCUGGCGGCGGCGGCGGCGGCGGGACGGAGCGCCGCUGCCGCCACCGUGGAUUCAUCCCUUAAAGUCGUACACGUGACGCCAAGACCGUUUUGGGUAAUCCCGCGGUUUCUACCGCUGGAGCCGACGGCGGCGGCGGCGGCGGCGGCUGACGGCGGCGGCGGCGGCUCGCCCUUCGUUCCCCUGGACCUGUUCUUCCACCGCCGAGCCGCCCGAGCCGCCGGUGGACUGGGCCCUGAGGAGCUGGUGUUCCCGCGGGGCCACGACAACGCCGGGGUCAACUCCUUCUUUGCCUCGUUGUGCGGUGACCAGGCCAAGCUGCUGUCGCCAGUUCUGGCCGUCUCGCCGAGCAGCGCAGAGCCAGCUGUGUCGUCCAUCAGCGAUUCCUACGGACCCCUGCUGGUUUCGGGGCGGCUGCAGCUGCGCCGCGCCCGGCUGCACCGCGUGGCGGGAUCUACCCUGGAGUUCACCGCCGCCGCCGCCGCCGCGGGGGAUGAACAGCCCGACAGUGGUGGCGGAGGCGGAGUUGCGGUGGCGGCGGAGGCGGCGGAGGCGGCGCCGCAGCCGUUGCACGACGUCGACGCUAUCGUGUUGUGCACCGGGCUACGCCCCGCGCUGCCCUUCCUGUCGACGGACCUGCUGAGCACGUUGUCGUACACGCCGAAUGACAAUUAUGUGCCGCUGGCGCUGCACCGGCGGGUGCUGCACCCCGACGCUCCCGGGCUAGCAUUCGUGGGCGUGUUUCGGAGCCCGUUCUUUGCGGUGGUGGAGCUUCAGGCGCGGCUGGCGGCGGCGGCGUUCACGGGCACGCUGUCGGCGGCGGAGGCGGACCCGGAAACCCAGCACGCUGGCGUCGCGCUGGAGCUGCGUGUACGGCAACACAGGCCGCGUCCGCCGUAUCCUCAUCAGGACUUUGUGGGGCACGCUGACGGACUGGCGGAGGCGCUGGGCGCGCUGCCGCCAGCGGCGUGGCGGGCGGAGCACGAAGUGGUUGUGUCGGCCCACUAUGCCGUGCACAUGUUUCAGAGACCCACGCAGCCCCCGCCGCCGGCGCCGCCCCCAUCAUCAAGCCGUACGGCUUCAGCUUUCACUGCCGCGACAGCGGCAGCCGCCGUCGCGGCGGCAGCGGCGGCGAACGGACAUGGCGACAUGGCGGCGGCGGCGACGGCGUCGGAAGGAUUGGAGUUGGAUGCGAUACCUACAUCGGCGCCUCCGGCAUCGGCAGAUGGGGAGACAGCGGCGGCGGCGGCGGCUGUGCGCCAGGCCCUGACAGAUGUGGCAGCAGCGAUGCGGGCGUACCGCAGCGGACGCCGGGUGGCAAGUGCCGUAUUUUAUGCGCUGGCGGGCGAGUGGGCGUUACGUCGCAGCAUCAUCAGCCGCCUUGACAGCUCGCCGUCAGGGGAAGUGACGGGUCGUGCUAGCUUUGCCGCAUUCGCUGACGCCGACUUCACCCCAUGCGCGGGCGGCGCCGGCGGCCUGUCGUACCUGUACGAUGAGCAAGGCCAGUUUGCCAUACACGGUGGCGCAGUGAUGCGUGUGCGGCGGGAGUACGUGUACGCGUACGACAGUACGGCGGACCGUAUCGACGUGUAUUUCGCUGCGGAGGGCAGCGGAUCCCCGCGAGGGAACUUCUUCCACUCGCUCAAGUUCCUGCCGCCGCCGCCGCCGGAUGGCGCGACUAACGUAGAUGCGGCGGCGGCGGCGGCGGCGACGACGUCAACCACACUUAGCUGCGAUGGCGCCGACGGCGGCGGCGGACACCAUCUAGCUAGUACGGCAGGUAUAGCAGACACCGCCGACGGCGCUGGCUGCUGGCGCGCCGUAGGACAGCAUCUGUGCGGCCGCGACAUGUACGACGCAUCGUACAAGUUUUACUUCCAGGGCAUCCAGCUUCGGCAGUUUGAAAUCGUGUUCCGUGUCACCGGUCCCUCCAAGGACUACACCGCCACUGCUGUGUACACUCGGCCGUACGUGUAA